UUCCCGAACGGACGUUCCCUCAGAACCGUUCGGAACACCACCCCAGAGUGCAUCAUAGUUUUGUUUCUGUUUCUGUUUGAUAUUCGGAUUUAGAUUCGGAUACGGAUAGUAGUAGUUUCCCCUCCAUCCAACUGCGUGACGGGAAACGUAUAAGCGGGAGUUGGCAAAGCCGUUGGCAACUCCAGCCCGAACAAAACAGACCGCCGAAGAGUGGAGUGCGGAGUUGAGUUCGUUGGAAUUUUUGUGUGUGUUUUCGUGUCGUGGGGCGUAAAGAAGAAAUCACAUCAUCCGUGUUCGUGCAUCCAUCCAAGUGUCGCGGAAAAGCCUAAUGCAUACGAGUACAUACAUACAUAUAUGAAAUGAUCAACCGAAGGGCAAUUUAUCAGCAUCCCAGAAGUGUACUCAAAAAAGUGUAAAGCAACAAAGAUACAAGAUACAACCGAAACAAAGGAAAAACGCCAACAACUAACAACCCGACAACAGCAAUAACAAUUUGUCAAACACACACACACACACUCACAUAAUAUACGCCUGUACAUGCAGACACACCAAACACAUACACUCACACGUAAACAUAUUAAACCUUAAAAUAUAUCACGCGCGCUUUAAACGCCUCAGCUUUCAGGAUACGGAAUUAAUGACAUGGCCCAGCCAAUGGAGAUGCAGGCGGAGCUGCUGAACCUCAUGGAGAAUCAUGUGAAAUGAACGUAUGCCUCUGUGCAGUUUUCCAUCGAUUUUCGUCUUGCGCCACAACGGACUGGGGAUGAAAUACCAAACACAUAAAACGGAUUUGAUAUUAAAAAAAUAUGCAGAAACAAGAAAAAAGGCGCGAAUUGCGCUUGAAGCGAUUCUGGCGCUCGCCGAAAACAACCUCCUCGGACGACUCCACGGGCUAUGAGAGUCCGACGCGCACGAAACCAGCGGCCAGUGCCAGCAGCGAUGGGCAGCGUUUCAAUCAUCUGCACUACACCAGCCUCUCGCAGGGCUCUGGCACCUCAUCCUCGGCGGGAAUGGCGUGUCUCGGUCCACCGAUUGGUGGUGCUGGUGGUGGUGCAUCCACCACUGGGGCUGGGUCAUCCGGCAACAACAAGCCAUCCUGUUCGCUGCCACUGCUCCAGGUGUGGCCCAGCCAGCCGCUCUUGCGCCAGGAGGGCUUCGUACAGUUGCGUCGUAACAGCGGCCCCGAGGGCCAGCGGGACUCACCGCGCGGCGAGGCUGAUGGCCAAUCCUUCAUAUUCCCCGCCAUCGUGGAGACGAAUAUCAGCAGCCCCGUGGCCGGAGGGAGCAGCAGCAACCUCAAUCUGAAUGCCCGGCGCAGCCAGAAUCACCUGACCCUCAGCACGGAUCGACGCAGCUCGCUCUACUGUGAUACCCUGCACGCGGGCGACUCGGGCAUCGACUCGGUGCAGGCAUCGCCCUCGCCCAACGCCUUCAUCGCCCCGCCGGGUGUGCUCAGCCUGCCCAUGGGUCGGACGGGUGGUGGAUCGUGCCACGUGUCGCCCACGAGUACGCCCACACAGGGCUCGCCGAGUCUUUCGCUGGGCCGGCGGGGCAUCAGGAACAGCAUCUGUGUGGUGCCCAGCGGCGAUGGGGGGAGGCGCAAGUCGAGUGCCUUGCUCCAUCCGGACCAUGCCCGGCUGUUCGCGUUGAGGAUGAAGCAUGCGGCGGCUCUGGAACGGGCGCAGACAUCGCCAGACCAAACCUCCAUCGAGGAUGCCACUGAGUUCCAUGACAACGGACUGGCCACAAAUCUGCGGCUGUGCUCGGCCUCGUCAUCGACGACGUCGUCGCUAACAUCCGUGGCAGCGGUCAGCCUGGGCGGAUCCGGCGGUGGCGCUGUCGGUGGUGUUGGUAGCUGUGUGGUCGGGCUGGGCAUUGGCAGCGGCGGCCUGGCCACCAGCAGCGGCAGCGGCGGCGCCUGCUCCUCCGGAUCCGCCUUUGCUGUGGGCGCGGCGGGCGUCCAGCAGCGCGUCUCCGAUCCGUGGCUGCAGCCACAAUCGGAUCGGGAGCGAGACUCCCGGCAUGAUGGCCGCCGACGUUCCUCAACGAUGACCGCCCGCUACUCCCUCUUCGAUGCCCUCGACCUGGAGUACGUUCUGCUGAGGGCCGCAGCCAGGGGUUCGGUGGGUCCGUACAGCCUCAGCGAGUCCAUACACAAGCUGACCUUCACCCAAUCCCUGGCAUUUCCCGCUCUCGCCCGUGGCCUGGCCACCAAGCGGCGCCGAUCGGCCACGCACACCAGCUCCAGGCCCCUGAAUCCGCACGAGUCCGGUCUGAACACCUGCGCCAAGGUGGUCACUGCCGUGGUGCUGGUUGCCCUCUCCUUUAUGGUCUUCUUGAUAGUGUACAAGUUUGUGCGGACGUGAGGUUUGCUCCUGGCCCCGUCGCCAGAGUUGCCAGUCACAUAUCAGGCCAACUACGGACUGGAUGAUUCCUCAUCCAUCAUCUCAUCAGCUGGCCGCAGUCUGGGCAAACACAUGUCGGGGUUCAGGAGCAAAUUAGGUCUGCGUGAGGCUGACUUUGAGUGAUCCCUUCCCUUCGAACAGGAAGAGCGAGGAGCAGUAGAAAAGGAUGCGUAGGAUGCGUAGGAUGCGUAGAUGCGUUGUAGGGUAUAGAAAAAGUGCGUAUUGAAAAUUUUUGUGAUAAACUAUCAAUGAAAAGCAAAUUUUCCACAAAAGAAGAAUCCAACAAAAACCGAAACAAAACCAAAAACAAUUAAGCAAAUGGAUAAAUAACAAAUUAAAGGCUUAAACAAUUUAGUAAACCGCUUCAAGAGGCUUGCCAGAGUUUCAUAUAAAUAAAUAAAUACAAAUUAAUAUUUUUUUAUAUAUAUAAAAAUCGAAUCGCUGCUCGCAUUUCCUAGGCUCCUACUUAGCAAAAAGAUUUUAUAAUAGAACACUAGACUCUCCCACGAAAGAGAAUAAGCUAGAGGUGUGGGAAACGGAAACCAUUUCAUUGUGUUGCAGUUGCAGCUGAGAAGUGGCAAGUGCCUAACUUUUUGAACUUCCGUUUAUUUUUCUUCACCUAAAAUCGAAUUUAUCAAUCGGUCGCGGCAGCUGUUUCUAAUGAUGAUGAAAGGAAAGGUGUCCCCCUUAUCCCUCUAGGGAAAGUACUUUGGUGGAGGGCAUUGGAAGGAUAUGUGAUGAUGGAUUUUGAGUUAUUUAAGCAAUCGGUAAGAUUUUGGUCAUAGUAUACAAUUUUUGUUACACAAAAUAAAAUAUAUUCCUGCUAAAAAGCUUAGUUUUAAAGCAUUUCCCCCACCCACCACACAACACACAUUUCAAUGUGAUUUUUAUUAUAUUUUCCAUACUUUUAUUCCUGAUAUUUCCCCUCCCCCACUUCCUUUGCCGCCAUCAACAUUCCUCGCCAGCCCCCUUAGAACACCAUUUUAGUGCUGAAUAAUUGGCUUUAGUCCUUAAGCAUUGGGUAAAGUAGGAGGAGAUCAAUGUGACCUACCUUCCUACCAGUAAAUAGUGUACUGACUUGUUAAAUGGCUAAUUGAUAGAUGGACCGAUGACAGAUGACAGAUGACAGAAAUGGAAAUCCAGGCAUAUUUAAACAACAUAUUUACGGUAGCUAUAUACAUAAUUUAUGUAGUUAUACAAACAAGCAAAUAUAUGUAUGUACGAGUAUACAUAUGUACAUAUGUGGAUGUUUAUAAACGUAUACAUAUUUAAGCGGCUUAAAUGUGACAAAGCACUUGCUGAAAUACCAAUACAGAAGUAAAGAAAAACUAUCUAACUCUACUCUUGACUUGCUGCCUUACUUUCCUCUAGUGAAAAAUAGUCGGAAACGAAACGAAACCAAAUGAUAAAUAUGUAUGUACAUUGUAAAUACAUAUGUACAAGUACGAACAAAAUCCCAAUUAACAAUUAAUAAAUUCUUCAUAAAUUGCUGCCUUACUUUCCUACUCUAUUGUACACUUGAAUAAAGGAAACCAACCCUUCGUUGAAGAAAAACAAACCUCUUAGACUCUCAGAGCCUUUUCCAAUUUCCCUACUCUCCUAUUCUAUGAGCUUGACCCAAUAGAUUAUGCAGAACAAAAUCAAUUUUAUAUAAUGCUAAAUAUACAGAUUACAUACGUAUGUAUAUACCUAAAUAUAUUAAAUGUAAUGUUAAA